AUGACUCGAGCUGAUCAGCGCCGAGGCGAUUUACCAUUUCUGGUCGGAGUUGCUGGCGGGCCAGCUUCGGGAAAGAGUCUCGUCUGUCAAAAGAUCAUCGAGCGAUUGGGGCACGGACAUGAUUAUUUCAAUAAACAGGUAAACGUGAUCUCGAUCGAGUCCUUCUACAGGGAUCUCACGCCGGCUGAACAAGAAGCGGCCACGAGAGGGGAAUUCGAUUUCGAUCAUCCAGAUGCUUUUGAGUUCACGAAACUCGUCGACAUGAUUCACGCGUUGCAACGCGGAGAAGCAGUCGAUGUGCCCGUUUAUGACUUUGAUAGGAACAAGAUCAUCGCCUCGAAAAAACUCGAGAACACAGACGUUUUGCUGGUUGAGGGGAUUCUCGUUUUCUACGAUAAGCGUGUUAGAGAGCUUUUCAAGAUGAAACUUUUCGUCGACGCCGAUGCUGAUAUUCGUUUAGCGAGGAGAGUUCGCCGUGACACGAUCGAGCGUCAACGACCGCUCUCCUCGGUGCUGAAUGUUUACAUGAAUAAAGUGAAGCCGGAUUUCGAGGAGUUCUGCUUGCCGACGAAGAAAUACGCGGAUGUGAUUAUUCCGAGGGGAGGGGAAAACGAUGUGGCCAUUGAUUUACUCGUGCAACAUAUCCACGACAUUCUGAAGUCUCCACGCGGUUCACCGUUCGAUGCACGGGCUACAAAUGGUCAGAAUGGAAGGUAUUCUGAAGAGGAUGAUGGCGGAUCAUCAUCGGGAAGAUCAUCAAGGAAAGGACACCGAAAACCGGAAACCGUCGGCCGACCACAU